UAUUGGCUCCCAGUCGCUAUUGAAGUCUCAGCCGGACAAGGCGAACGAGCCGAGAUUAAUUAAGUUUCCCCAGCAAACACGAACCAAUCAAUGUUUUCGCCGCAAGGAUUAAUUCCCUGCCUAAUCGCAGGGUUACAACUGCUCUCCAACGCAGAAGCUGAUCCCAUGAUAGAGGUCUUCAAAUGGAAACAGAUGGACUUCUAUAAUCGUGGCGAUGGACACUUGGGUUUAUCCGGAAGGCCAGACAGACCCAGCUUCUCAGCACCUGUUGUCUUCCCUGGGAAAUACUCUCGUCAGAAGCGUGAGACUAUAACCUCCCGCGAUUCUCCAGUGGUCGUAAAUAGCCGUGUUGGUAGUGAUGACCCCGAUGCCCCCUAUAUUCCGUACAACAACGUGCCAAUGGGAGUUAACCAUUUCCGGGGACGCGUCUUCGUCACGAUGCCACGGCGACGGGUGGGCAUCCCGUCCACCUUGAACUACAUCGAUCUGGCCAAGGAUGGAUUGGAUCGGAGCCCCAAGCUGCGGGCCUAUCCCAACUUCGAGCUGAACCAGUUCAACGCGAGUGCGGAGAAUCUGGUGUCAGUCUAUAGAACCUCAGUGGACGCCUGCCAGCGACUUUGGUUUAUUGACACUGGAAUGCUGGAGUACCCAAAUAACCGCCAACAGAUCCGACGACCCAGCAUUUGGGUGGUCGACUUGGCCACGGAUCGCGUGCUGAAGCGCUUCGACAUCCCGGAGAGCAUUGCGGAGACGGGUCGCGGACUGGCCAGCAUAACCGUCGAUGUGCAGGCGGGAAAGUGCGGCGAUGCCUAUGCCUAUAUCCCGGAUCUGGUCUACCGCCGGCUCUACGUCUAUCACCUGCGGAACGAUCGGAUGUGGGCCUUUGAGCACAACUACUUCAACUUCGAUCCGCUUUCCGGGGACCUGAGCAUUGGAGGGCAGACCUUCCGCUGGGAUGACGGCAUCUUCUCAGUCACUUUGGGAGCACAUAGACCAGAUGGCAGCCGCGACGUCUUCUUCCAUCCCAUGGCCAGUACGAAUGAGUUUGUGGUGUCCAACCGGGUGCUGCAGCAGGAAUCCAAUGCUGCACGCUCAGAUCACGGAAACGAUUUCCGGGUUCUGGGAAACCGUGGGCCAUCCACGCAGUCCACGAUGCACGGAUACGAUCCGGGAACCGGAGUGAUCUUCUUCGCUGAGAUCCAGAAAAACGGAGUGGGCUGCUGGAAGACCAGCAAGCCGAUCUCGGCGGAAAACUAUGGCACUGUGGACUCCAAUGCAAUGAAUAUGAUCUACCCCAGUGACUUGUCGAUCGACGAGGAGGGAACUAUCUGGGUGAUGUCCAACUCAAUGCCCAUUUUUAUUUACUCCACGCUGGACACGCAAAUAUACAAUUUCCGGAUUUGGAAGCAAAGGGCUUCGCUAGCAAAAAGGGGAACAAUUUGUGAGUGAUUUGAGUGGAAUCGCUUGAGUGAAUGCUUCCCAGUUAAUUAAUUAAGUAACAGUACCAACAUAUGUGUAUCAAAAUUACCCACUAAAACUUAUGUACAAAAUAUAUUUACCGUUGAAAUUGA